GGGGUGGAAAAAACAGAGCCAAUCACAAAGCGUCCACCCUUGACUUGACAAGCCCACAAUUGGCUACAGUAGCUCAAAGAGAGGGGGCUGGGGCAGAGGCGUUCACACUGGCGGUUGAAGCACUCGCGCUUUGGGAGCGCACUCAUAGCGGGGGCUACUCAUCAGCUGACAAGUCUGCUCUGGUCGCCCACCAUCGCCAACUUACUGGCCGUCAGAAUCGAUAAUGUUAAUAGAAUUCUGUCCCCUGCUUCUGUAAGCGAGUGUGGGAAUUCAAUACUCGUGUGACGCAACUCUGGGUGUCGAUUAAUAGUGCACGCCAACGUUCAUGUAGCUGGUAUCUGGAAGCUUGGGAUGGAACAGCGGCUGUAGACGACUAUAUUCUAGGAAGUAGGGUCAGUCGGUGGUGUAUCAGAUUCCAGCGUUGUGUUGGAGGCCGUCAGCUAUUCUUUAGCAGGUUGGAGCUCUGCAACAGAGUUCAAAGUGAUGCCGAGUGUACCUGAUUUUAGAGCGUUUUACCUGUGGAGAUUUAUCCCAUGCAAUGUAGUGUGCCUUCCGGAGGUGUCACCGAUGAGUACUGGGAGCUGGGAGAUGUUGGCAUGAAUAUUAUGUUCAGGCAUCAGAGGUAGCAUUUGGUGGGCGUUGUUUAGCACUACACUCAUAGGAGGAGCGAGAUUUGGGAGCUUCGGAUUGAUCACGAGGUAGAAAACAGGACUGCGUAAUUGUUGAUUGUAAAGCAUGGUCCUGUGGUUUGAAAAUUCGGAUGGGAAACAGGCGUGGCCAAUUGCGCCGUUAUGACCAGGGUGCUUUGUCGACUGAGGAAUUUUUGAGAGCUUCUGCUGGUGCAAGCGCGCUUGUGUGACAGCUGACUUGAGCUGGUUCAAUGGCUUCCGAGGUCCGAUGGAGUUCUCUAAUCUUUUGCUAAAGGGGCGGAAUAAAUGAGCUUGGUGGCCUGUGCCUGGCGUGAAGUGGCGACGUCGUUCGAUGAUAGUUUUGUCGUGGACAUUGAGUGUAGUCAAGCUCCAGAAGACAAAAGCUUAGAGAGUUGUGAGAGUGGAGCUGUCAAUGCGAAUGGGAACCACCUGCAGUUGCAACUAUUGGGCUUUAAUGCUCCCGCCCUCUCUCGUUGUAGCUCCUCAACACUCGCACUAGAUAGUGAUCCAGCGCGCUUUUCAGCAUUGCCUGCAAUCUCGGAGGAUUCUGGGCUGUUACAAUAGAGCAUGCUGAGGUCGCAAAGCAAUUGCAAAUUCAAUGAGACGCUUCUGCUAACUAUUAAGAAACAGUGGUUAUUGGAUUGCUAAACUACCGGUGUAUUGGCAUUCAUUUCCCAAGUGCGCAUUCAUCCUCUCCUGCAGUCUCAAUUACUAUCAACAAGCUUCCAAUUUCAAUUCCACGGUGCUAGCCUACCGACUUCAUCAGCUUGCGUUCUGGGUGCUACUAACCCACCAGUUUCGUGGCCUCUUCCUUCUUCAACUAUGAGAACCUUGUGGCGACGCUCUCAGGGACAUAGCAAUGGGCCAUUGACGACGUCCACGUUCGGCAAAAGCAUCGCCAGGAGCUCACUGUGCCGAGUCAAUCUUGGUCACAGCGGUAUAGCGCCACAUUGCAGAUUAUCUUAAAUUGCCCAAACCUCACAGAAUAUCACUGUCCGAAUUUCAUGUUCGGGCGUGGUGUUGCGAACAUUACGAUUAAGGAGACAUCUGUAUCGAUGCUUGUGCAUGUCCCGUAUCAUGGGACUGUGAUUAAAAUCGGUCUAUCUCAGUGCCAACGUUGGGCUGUAGUCAAGGCUGAAGGUGGACCUCGGACGGUCGGACGUCACUGUUGGAAGAGGUCGCGUCGCAAUGUACUUCCGAAGAGCGUCCCCGACAUUCAAAGAAUUUAAAUUUUUCAAGGCAAAACGCAUUUAUGUGAAUGGAGCCCCAGGAGCCUUCUGAACGCUGUUGACAUUAGCUCAAGAGGCCAUCAUUCGAAGCUUGUGCCAGGACUUGGUGUUAGUUGCAAUGUCAGAGCCUAGCUCGGCCAACUACUAAUAAGCUUACGAGUCUUUCUUCCAUGGCUAGUAUGUUUCAAGCCUUCGACUUGAAAGAGGCUCUCUCCGGAGACACACAUCAUCGGGGAUUUAUAGAUGGAGGUUUGGAGGCGCCAAGGAACAGUUUAGACGUACCGGGUGAAGCCGCUGGCAUUGAGAGGAGAAACUCCUCCAGGCCCGAGGACAUUCCUUUUGGCUACGAAUGCUACAACCUCGGCCUUGUUGCGAGUGGUGCGAAAUGGCAGUGUAGCAGCGCAUCACGCACCUUGGGACAUGAAAGAUCUAAGCAGUCAGCAGCGGAGACUAAGAGACGUGUUCCCAACAUUGUGGCCAGGCUGAUGGGCUUGGAUGCCAUGCCGGAUGAGCUUCUAACCGUGCGCCCUCGGAUAUCUUUGCAAGAAAUGCCCACUUAUGGAUGUGCCAAGCAAGCUGAAGGAAGCCCAGUUUUGUUCAGGCAGCAUUCGCAUGGUGCAGUACCGUCAUCCUGGCAGCGUCCUCCUCUGCCUCGGAAUUCGCAGCGUACUCCUGCGAGUGAGGGCAAAGAAGAGAGAUUGCUCGCUCCGGUGCUUACAUUCCGAGACCACCCGCAAGAAGAGCAGCUGCAGAAGUUUAAGAUCGAAUUCGAGGCGAAGCAAAAAGAGCGCGCCCGAAACUCCCAGCUGGAGGACAUGAAUCACCAACUAGAAGAGAAGAAAAACAAAGUGCGGGCUACACUGGAUAAAGCUAGAAUAGCAUUGUCACAAGGGAUCGUUGCUGAACCGAAGCAGCGUCUCAAUGGUCAGGGAAAAUUUGAGGAAUCUAAGGAGUUCCUUGAUGCAAUGGAAUUUUUGCAAUGCAAUAAGGACUUCAUUUUUCAGUUCCUUCAGCAAAAACCUCACAUCGUGUUCAGCAACGAAGUCUCAAAUGCCACAACACCAGUCAUUCAACCUAAGAAGGGGAAAAGUAGCUCACCAUCUACUCCCAAAGACUCUGUGGAGCGGAAGCGGGAGGGGUUCAGUCCUCGCGCUAUCACUCGUCUCUUCAUGCCAUCCGAUUCUAGGAGACGAAACGAGAAUAAGAGGCACGAGCCAGCUACUAUCCCAUCUGGCGCGGGACCCCAGCCAGCAGUUGAGAACUGCAACAGUUCUCGAAGUGAGAACACAGUAUCAAGAGAAACCUCGGAGAAUGUGAUCCGUAGGUCGUCAAGCUCAACGAAUUCGAGGCACGUGUCUCCAUCCGUUUCCCCGAAGGUGCCGAAAGACGAGGUCAAAAGCAGCAACAAGAAUGUUGCUCGAGAUGUCAUCGGAGAGAUCAAAGAAAGGCUGCGGCAAAGAGGCCGACAGGAUAGCGCAGCGGGAGAGGAUGUUGGAGUUGCCAAGAGUAUCAGCAAGGAACAUUUGCGAAGUUCAGGGCGAGACUCCUCAGACAUCGCGCGAGAGAUUGCCAAAAAGGCUCGUGAAGGGUUAGGCUCCUGGAAGUCGACGAACAACAUCUCGUUGACAAAGACUCUCUCCACCGGCAAGCGCAUUUCAUUUCAGACACCGGUUAUGGAGGAUAUGGCAUGCACGAGUGAUGGUGAAGGCAUGACGACACCUUCAGUGAAGGUUGUCAGAGAAAAUGUGAUCAGGUCAUGCAUUAGUCUGCCGAGCUCCCCUCACCUCUUCGCUCCUCGUUCAAACGAAGUAGCAACCAGAGCAAAGGCAACGCAAAAGCGGACAGCUGAGAAACCCCUAAACCCUGAACCCAGGGGUCCAAUUGAAAAUUCGGUCACAUUAAAUGCAGCGGAAAAGGCCACUGCUAAGAAGACGACGUUUGCAUCAAAAUCCCCCCGACCUGGAUCUCCACGCUCCAGCGCCGAGGUGGCGAAGAGUCCCAUGCGGAGGUCGGCUUCUGUAAGUGAAAGUAGCACCCAGAGAAAUGCCUUGAAGCCUGCAGUUAACAGCGGCAGCUUGAAGCAUGUCGAUGGCGCCAGCGAGCCUGGGUCGAGUCUUACUCGAUGUCGAUCGGUGCCAAACGUGGCCUUGUUGCGAGAGCGGGGGCAAUGUGCCACUAAGGCAGCUCGUAUGCUCUCAAAGCCCAGGCCGGAGGUAGUGUCCAAUCCUGCAAAGGACCGUCAAUGCGAUGAAAAGAAGAAGGGCCUCUUCUCAAUUGGCAGGAAGAAAGGGGGGGAUAGCUCGGAAUCCAUGCAUUCAACGCCAGGUCCUGUACUAGCGCGCGUUGCUGCUCUUGCUGAAUCCUGCGUCUCACAUAGUAAUACCUUAAGCGAUGCAGACAACGCGGCGACAAGCAAGGUUCAUGCCCGGUCUAGCAGAAAUGGGUCGAAGAAGGGAAAGGAAAACCCGAGGGAGAUGAUCCUACCUUCAAAGCCAUUGAUACACGGUGAAUUUUUUAAACGAUUCCACGAAUCUUCGCCACCCGACGAGAGCGUCAUUCCUGAAAGCGACGCGGAGUCCGAACCCGGCUCCUGCGAGGAUGAGUUCUUAGAAGUGCUCUCUCAGCUGACCCCGCCUUCCAGACCCAAGUCGACCGCCGCUAGCCCUACCACAGCACGCCAACGGCUUCGAAGCAAUGUGUGUCCGCCCUCACCACAGACACGAAAGGUUCAGAAUGCAAAUAAAAGACUGGAGCCUUCAGGAGCACGGACCACGGUGCCAGACAUUCUACAUAAUGUGAAUGAGGCUGGCCAGGAUUCGAGCAGCGACAAGAAUGAACAGCCAAGUCCUGUCUCUGUUUUAGAUCCAACUUUCGAGUCGGAGGAUUCCCCCAGUCCUCUUGAGUUCAAAGAAAUCGCAGAUGACUUUCAAGAACUCCAAAUACGAUUGAGGCUUUUGAAAGCUGAUAAAAUCGAUUCAAGAGUGAGAGACGACCUAGAGAGUGUCGCAGAGAUUGCCCCGGCGUGCGUCCCUCUACACACACGAAGAGGUGGCACCCGAGACUCCAUUAGUGAUUCAAGUCGAAUCUCAACGAAUUUGCGGCAGGAGAGCCUGCACUGCGGGUUCAAGGCGUUACCAUGUCCUGCGGGUUCUGAGGUAGAUUUCGCAUUUGUGAGGGACGUUCUUGUGACCUCGGGAUUCCACACUCACGGCGGGCGGAGCAUUAGCCGGUGGCAUUCCUCCACGCAACCGAUCAGUCUUCAUCUCUUCAACAGCUUAGAAGCCUCGUAUUGUCAUGACAAGCGGGGAGGUUCAAGACGGCGAAUUCUUUUUGACGCAGUGAACGAGAUAAUAGUUGCAAGACUAGAGCCUCAAUGCUACCAUCAGCUUGGGUUGCAAGUGACUGAAUCUCGUAAUGUCUCACUAUCAUCCUUAAUGAUGUCGAAUGCAAGGAAGGUCGUGGAAGAUAUCUGGAUCGAGAUUCAAAAGCGGCAGUUCCCUGGUCGCUGCCACGACUCGCACAAUGACUACCUCGAAAGUCUUGUAGCGCAGGACCUGAAAUCCUCUAGCUCGUGGUUGGCGCUCUACCACGACGUUGAUCGCAUUUGCCUCAAACUGGAGAAAGCCAUCUACGAUGACCUGAUCGAAGAGCUCUCCGGAGGAUUGAUUGUGUAAACUAGAAAUGUAGAUAGUCAGAAUUGGUUGUGGACUUGGAACUUGGAACCUCUCUUAGGCCCAUUGAUUUGGUUGCGAGCUUACAGAAUCGAUUUAGAUGUACAGCAAUGCUGUGAAGAGUCUGCCAUUAGUGCAACACAGAUCUUGCUUCUCGCAGCUUGUACAGAUUUGUAAAUUUUGAAUUGACAGCACACUCGAUGUUGAAUGAAUUUCUGAAGAGGUCCAGAUUCCAGAUUCCAGAUC